AUGCUGCGAGUCAUUCGAAAGGCUAUCAGCUUUCCUCAUAAGUCCAAGGUGGUUGACAAGGACCCGUCGUCAGAGGUCCCUCAGUCCAACGUCCUGUCCAAACCGAUUUCGAGCCCUCCCAUCACAGCUCCUUUGCCCAUCUCACGAGAGGCUUGCCAGAACAAGACUAAAUCCCAUUCCAAUAACUCCUCGCUCUCCAUUUCAUCAACAAGACCAAGAACCCAUGCCACUUGUGCAUCGUCUUGCGGCAGCUCUUUUGCAGAUUCAGCCCUGGCCUCCUCAUCAGGCACCAGUGAUCACACCUCCGUGACUUCCGGCACCCAUAGCAACGCUGGGGAGAAGGCCUCUGCCCGCAAUAGCCUCUCCAUUAUCCCUGGCUUGCUGCUGAAUAGCAAACCAAUCUCACCACCAAUUUCGUUCAAUGGCUAUGGCUCGUUUGGGGGCCGGUUCGCUCCCGAAUCCAUCAUGGGAUUCCUCGACGAGUUGACAUCUGCCUUUGAGGCGGCUAUCUCGGACGCUUCUUUCUGGAAAGAGUUUGAGAGCUUUGAACGGACUCGCAACUCGCCGCUUCAAUUGGCCAGCCAUCUCACGAACUUGGCCGGGGGGGCCAACAUCUGGCUCAAGCGCGAAGAUCUCAAUGAAUACGGCAGUCAUAAGACCCGUAACAUCGUUGGCCAAUUGUUGCUGGCUCGCAGAAUGGGCCGUGCAGAGGUGGUCACAGAUUGUGCCUCGGCCAAGCAUGGCAGCUUCACAGCGGCAAUGUGCGCACGAUUGAAUCUGCGGUGUGUAGUGGUUAUGGGUGCAGAUGACGCACAGUCGCAGCGAGAAGAUGUUCUCGAGAUGAAGAUGUUGGGCGCCAAGAUCCUUACCGCACGAACCCCAUCCGGUAUGGGCUCGCUGCGCGCCGCAAUCACAGAGGCUCUCCGCUAUGCAGUCUGUAACCACGAGACCGCAUACUAUCUCAUGGGUGGGCCCGUGGGCCCUACCCCGAUCCCAACCUUAACACGCACCUUCCAGCAACUCAUCGGUGAGGAGGUCGCUGCUCAGAUGCACCAAACGGCCGGGUGUCAGCCAGAUGCCCUUGUUGCCGCCGUUGGCAGCGGUGCAGGGGCAGUUGGCCUAUUCCGACCGUUCCUUCACAACCCGGCCAUUCGCCUGGUGGGGGUCGAGAGUGCAGGAGCUGCCACGCUGACCGAGGGCUCCAUGGGCGUCCUCCAGGGUGCGCGGACCUUGAUGUUGCAGAACGACGACGGACAAAUCCUCGACUCCCACUCAGUCUCACCUGACAUGAACCUCUCAACGGUGGGGCCUGAGCUGGCUUAUUGGAAGGAAAGUGGCCGCGUUCGAAUUCGGACCGCCACGGACGCGGAAGCCCUGGAUGGAUUCAAAACCCUUCAGCAUCAUGAAGGGGUCUUGUCCGGACUGGACUCGAGUCACGCUGUGCAGAAAGCCCUUGAUCUCGCGAAAGAGAUGGGACCGGGCAAGAACCUCGUGUUAUUGGUCACGGGAUGUGACGCGAUCGACAUGCGUGCUGCAAGCUUUUGA